AUGGAGACUAAACACUACUGUGCUAAACAGACAUUAGCAAGAGCUUCAAAUUCUCUUUUCCGUUAUAUUGUGGGUUUCUCACUCAUUUCACUUGCAAGAGCGUCUAUUGUCGAUGACUCUUAUUCGUCGCACCAAGAUUUAUACGACGCAAUUAUUAACACGCUUUUCCCAAUUACCUUUGUCGUGCUGUUAAAAGUCUCGGAAAAACGUGGUGGAGGAGGAGAUAAUGAUGCUCGAAGUGACAACACUGUUCAAAGUAGCUCGAUAAAAAAUAAGCUGUUGCCACUGCUGGACGAUUUCUUGUACAAUAUAGUUACUUGGUUUAUUCCAUUAAUAGUAUCAUUUGCCUAUGAUGACAAGCUGGCUUCAAUUGGUGAGGUCAAUAAUAACGUGUAUGGUGAUAAUAGGAAUAAUGAUAGGUAUAUAUGGUCAGGCAUAUUCUUCUUUUUGACGCUUUUCCCCGCUAUGGUAAUUACAACAUUCUGGGCUUUUUACUUGGGUUAA